AUGAAUAACAAUCAGCAAUAUUAUGGUUCUGAGGUAGACUCUUCGUCCUCCUCCUCCCAAACUACAACACCGUCGCUGCAACAACAACAAUCACAGCACAAUUCGCCUUCACAAACGCCUCAAAACCAACAGGAAGCGGAACAACAAGAAUCAAACCCGGCGGAAACGUCGGUUAAAGCCGAGCCCGAACAACAGACUAACGAGUCACCUAACAGUAAAGACUCGGAAACAAAAAAAAAGAGAGCUGGACCAAAGAGGCGAAAAGUUACUCAUGCUUGUGUUUACUGUCGACGUUCACAUAUGACCUGCGAUGAUGGGAGACCAUGCCAAAGAUGUAUAAAGCGUAGCAUAGGUCAUCUAUGUCAUGACGAGCCAAAGGGCGCGCAUGGCGCUCAGAUAAUGAAUCAGCCACCUGCUGUCGUGCCUCAGAACGUUAUGAAUGCGUUGUCGCAUGUUAAUUCAGAAGUGCUUUGUGCACCUCCGAAUAUUGCUAAUGUAUCACUUACUGGUUACAAUCCCAUACCCUCAUAUUCACAAUUUCCUACGGCUCCAUUGACAUUUGCAAGUGAACAUAUGGGCAAUGAAUUUACAGUAAUUACAGAUUUUCUAGAAAGUGCAAAUGGACAUCAUACAUAUCAGCACAAUGACGGUACUCCCGUGAACACUACUGAGAAGUUUUUCUUAAUAGCCGCUGAUCCGUCCGAUGGAACAUCACAGGACAGAUUGAUGCAAGUAAUAACUGCAAAGUUUGAGGCUGGACUAUUGAAACCAUACAACUACGUACAUGGCUAUGCGAGAUUACAGAAACAUAUGGAGUCAUAUAUGUCCAGUUUAAGUCGACAAAGAAUCGUCAAUUCUCUAGGGAAAUUUAGACCUCAUUUUAGAGCCGUGGCUCAGUCCUUGACUGACAUGGAUUUGGUGCUCGUUGAGGAAGCAUUCGAGAGACUUUUGCUGGAUUACGAUAGGGUCUUUAGUUCUAUGGGAAUUCCUGCAUGCCUUUGGCGAAGAUCAGGAGAGAUUUACAAAGGAAAUGAGGAAUUCGCUAAGCUAAUUGGUGUGCCAACUGAAACAUUGCGGGAAGGCAGAAUGUGUAUAUAUGAACUAAUGGCUGAAGACUCUGCCGUAAAUUACUGGGAAAAAUAUGGGAAUAUAGCCUUUGAUCCUGGACAGAAGGCAGUCUUAACCUCUUGUAUACUCCAAAAUCCUGAUCCGGAAAUGGCGUAA